AGUGCACAUACGGGUUGCAAUCCGUGAAAAUAUAUGUCUGCAUAAAAACGUAAUGGGUCGCAUAAGUUGAACUAUGAAUCAAUCAUUCUUCUUUGUUUAACAAAUGUCAUUGGUUAGAAAUUUUUUUCCGUCAAAGGUGAAUCCAAAUGACUGCACUAUCCAAGUUUGAUAGGUCAGAGAGCAGCAUGAGCUCCACAUUGCUGCAAAAACUGUUCACGUUCCCGAACCUGGUCCACGCAGUAGCAGGUGCAGCCGGUAGUGUAUUUGCCAUGUUUGUGUUCUAUCCAUUAGAUACAGCCAGAACUAGAUUACAAGUGGAUGAUAAAAGAAAAGCAAAGCAUUCUCCUCUAGUUAUGGCAGAAAUUGCAAAGGAAGAAGGCUUACUAUCACUGUACAGAGGGCUGUUCCCUGUGCUUGUAACUUUGUGCUGUUCAAACUUUGUUUACUUUUAUACCUAUAAUGGAUUGAAGACAACAUACCUGAGUGACAUGGACAAGGAGACACCUAUAAAAGAUCUUACCUUUGCAUUCAUAGCAGGUGUGAUAAAUGUAUUAGUGACCACACCGUUAUGGGUUGUUAAUACCAGACUAAAACUUCAAGGUGCCAACUUCCAUACAGAUGAACAUAAAGAGGCCAAAGUUCCCAGGUAUAGAGGUCUAAUAGAUGCCUUGUUAAAAGUAGCAAGACAUGAAGGAAUUCCAUCACUGUGGAAUGGAACACUGCCCUCUAUUGUAUUGGCAUCAAAUCCUUCAGUACAGUUCAUGGUUUAUGAGGCAGUUAAACGAUACUUCCAAUCACUGCUUAAAACAAAGGAGUUGAGUGGUUUUCUUUAUUUCAUCAUUGGUGCAAUAGCAAAGACAGUAGCAACAGUAGUAACAUAUCCUCUACAGGUUGUUCAGUCAAGAUUAAGGGCUGGACGUCAUAAGAAAUCAGAACAACAGGGAAUUAUUCAGAAUCUUGUUGAUAUUGUCAAAUAUAAUGGUGUAUCAGCAUUAUAUAAAGGAAUGGAAGCCAAGUUAAUACAGACAGUUUUGACGGCAGCCUUGAUGUUCCUGACCUAUGAAAAGAUAGCAGCAUUUAUAUUCAGGACAAUGGGACAUAGCCCAAGUUAAUAUCUAAGAAAUAAUAUUAACAGAAUUUUAUGGUGCUAAGCUUUAAGUAUGCCAAAAUUUAUGUAAUUUGUUUUCAUUUAUACGGAGCCCAUUUUAUAUGUUUAACAACCUAUUUUUAGAUACUAAAAGAUAGUUGGCAUCUUCUUUCAGAUGUUAACAUCUUGUUAUGUUGAUGGUUCACUAAAUCUUACCAGAUAAAUUGACUUAGAGAUUAUAAUAUGUUUUUAUAUAUGAUAUUUCAUAAAUUAGUGAAAAGUUGUGUACUUUGUUUUAUUUUUACUGCAUGGUUAGACAGUACAGUAGGAUUUUGAAAGCAUUUCCAAAGAAAUAUUUCAUUGUCAUAUUUUAAUGACUUUUUAACACAAAAGCACUCUGUUGUUCUUUUUGAAAAAAAACUAUUCAGGCAGUGAUGCAAAUCUUUCUAAAAAAAAGGUACAACAUGCAAUUAAAAAAUACAGAAUAUUUAUGGUACAUUAUAUGUAAGUUACAAUGUAAGAAAUUGAAAGAUCCUAUAUCAGAAUAUUUUAGCUUAAUUCCAAGGGGACUUGGAAGUUAUUUUGUUUGAAUGAUAAAUAUUGUCCCUGUUUAUUAGAUUGAGUUAAUUCCAAAUUCCAGAUUUAUUAUACUGUAAAUUAAUGUGAGGAUUUUAUUAAUGUGAAUAAUAGGACUCCUUGAGUUUCACAAUAAUAAGAACUCGCAUUAUGAUACCGAAUACAUAUAUCUGUAUGUAGCUUUUUGUAAAUUUAUAAUUAUUAAACUCGCAUUUUUGUUCAUUCUUCAAAAAUUGCAAUAAGAAAUGCACACAAUAAUUUCUGAAUUUACAGUAGUUGUCAUUUUAGAAAUGUAAAUUUGGAUGAAACUAUAUGGUAUCUGCUGUGUAACAUGAAACAAGUUGUUGUCUUUUUGAAAAAAAUCUGUUUUGUUUAUUGUUGAUGUAACUUAGGUUGUUAAUUAACUUACCUAUAUAGUAAUCUAGAGAGUUUUCAUGUGAAAUUUGUCUUAAAGGCAAAAUUAAAAUACCAGUGUAGAAAUUGAUGUGAUAUCAUUCUAAUGUUGUUGUUUUGUAUAUUUUUGUUAAAGAUUUAUUUAUGAUGGAAUUUUGAGAACAAAUUUAUAUUUCAUGUUGAUUGUUGGAAUAGUUCUAUUGUUUGUAUUUGUAUUUUCUAAGAUUAUAGGAUUAAAAUAACACAUCUAUAUGUAAGAAAAGGUUAAAACCAUGUAUUUUCCAUGAAAAUACUUAUAACUGUGGAUUGAUUAUUAUUUAUGGAUUUCAUUGGUAAAGGUAAACAACAAAUGGAAAUGUAUAGCAAUUUAAAUAUUUUCUAUAGAGUUGUAUGCAGAAUUUGUGUUAACCAACAAAUUGAAUAUCCACGAAAAUAUAAUUUUCCCCAAAACCAUGAAAAUCAAUGAACCCACACAAUAUAUUCUAACGACUAUCAACCUCAGGGACCAAGAUCACAUCAAUAAUCAAUUUGGAAUAUACCUUACCUGGUAUGAUAUGUUGGCCAAUGGAAGUAAAAUAACACACAGGCCCAUAGGUAUACCUAUAUAGGUUGUUCCAGAAAUAAGUUGUGGGAGGUUUGAAGAAACAUUCACUGCACUCUACUGUCCAGAAGUUCGCCUGGCUGAUAUUCAGAAAUUACUACAACCACCAAAUAUUUAUCUGAAUUGCCUUCUGUCCACCUUGUGCCUGUACCAGUAUUUUUUCCUGCUAAUUUUAAAAUGUUCUGGACAACCUGAGUAACAAUCCCUCAAUUAAGUAAAAAUUUGAUUGCCAAAAAUGAAAUUUCUAAGCUGAAUCUUUUUACUUGAAAUGAAAGUUUAUAGAAAAUGGAACAAUUUUUCUGAAAGAACUAAAUUUUAUUUUGGGGUUUAAACAGGUUAGAAGAAGAAUUUUUUUUUUCAAAUGGGUGUGUCUUCUCUGUAAAUCAGUUAAGGGCUAUUUAUCUAUUGGGAAAAUUUGUUGCAUUUUCAUGAAUUUGUAUCAUUACAAGUAUAAAAUGUGGAUUAAAAAAAGAAAAGUAAAGUCUCCCUUAUUUGAAAGAUAGUUACUCAUUUGGGGAACUAUUCCCCUUUUUGUGGGUUGCCCCCAACAUGUUUAAUGUUUUUGUAAUUGAUUUUUAUGUAUUGAAAGAAAAAUUACAAUAGUGUCACAUAAUAGCAUAUUUUCCAUAAACACUUUUAUAUUUUUUUGUCCAUGCAUAGAUUUAAAGGGGAGUAACUUUUGACAUUUUAAGUUAAUUUUAUCAUCUUUACAUAGUGUAGCUUGCAUAAGUAAUACUUGUUCAUAUAGUAAACACAUGCAUUCAUGUAAAUCUUUUUAUGUUUACUUUUAAAAUUAUAUUUUCACUAAGCUGUAUAUUUAUAUGGUUGCAUGGAUAGGUUCAUUUGAAUAAUGCCUCAUUAAAAAUAAUACAAAACCUGCUAUUUUCAACAAAUUAGUUGUGUUAAGAAUCUUCCUUAACUUUAAAUGUGAUCUUAAUUAAAUUUGUCAUAAACCUC